GGGAGCUGCCCCCCGACUCCACCGCCCGCCCUGCUGCUUGCUGCUGCAGCGGUCCCGGCUCUUGUCGCCACCUCGACCCCGGACCUGCUUCCCGGACCUGCCCCGCUACCUGCCCGGCCGCGGCCUUGUUCCAUAAGGAAGCAAUUAUUUUGUGCCCCCACGAGCCCCUCCCUGAGCCUGCGCGGGACACUUGCGCUCGCCCUUCUGAAGCGCUACGGCGGCGUGACUUCCUUCCAAACCGCACGGCUGUUAGCAUUCCCCGAGCGGAGGAGUGAGGAAAUCGCCCACCUCAAAAAUGCUUCUGGGGAGGAGCUGCGAGGGCGGCCGCUUCCUCGGGAAGGGCAGGAUGGAGGUCCUGCAGCUCCUGCGCCUGCUCCUCACCACCACCAUGCUGGGUGUAUCCCAGACAGUGAACCCCUUCGUAGCCCAGCAGACCCCCCCAGACCCCUGUUAUGAUGAGAGCGGUGCUCCUCGACGCUGCAUCCCCGAAUUUGUCAAUGCUGCCUUCGGGAAGGAGGUCCAAGCCUCCAGCACAUGUGGGAAGCCCCCGACUCGGCAUUGCAAUGCCUCAGACCCCCGGAAAGCCCACCCCCCCACCUACCUGACUGACCUCAACACCGCCUCCAACAUGACGUGUUGGCGCUCGGAGACCCUCCACCACUCCCCCCAGAACGUCACCCUCACUCUCUCCCUCGGCAAGAAGUUUGAGGUGGUCUAUGUCAGCCUCCAAUUCUGCUCUCCCCGGCCCGAGUCCACCGCCAUCCUCAAGUCCAUGGACUACGGCAAGACCUGGGUGCCCUACCAGUACUACUCCUCCCAGUGCCGUAAGAUCUACGGCAAGCCCAGCAAAGCCACCGUCACCAAGCAGAACGAGCAGGAGGCCUUGUGCACCGAUGGCCUCACCGACCUCUACCCCCUCACCGGUGGGCUCAUCGCCUUCAGCACCCUCGACGGGCGACCCUCAGCCCAGGACUUCGAUAGCAGCCCCGUGCUCCAGGACUGGGUGACGGCCACCGACAUCCGUGUGGUCUUCAGCCGCCCGCAUCUCUUCCGUGAUCUGGGUGGCCGGGAUGCUGGGGGGGAGGAGGAGGGGGGCACCACCUCCAGCCCCUAUUACUAUGCGGUGGGGGAGCUGCAGGUCGGCGGGCGCUGCAAGUGCAACGGGCACGCAGCUCGCUGCAUCAAGGACAAGGAGCAGAAGCUGGUGUGUGACUGCAAGCACAACACAGAGGGUCCCGAGUGUGACCGCUGCAAACCCUUCCACUACGACCGGCCCUGGCAGCGGGCUACUGCCCGUGAGGCCAAUGAGUGUCUGGCCUGUAACUGCAACCUGCACGCCCGGCGCUGCCGGUUCAACAUGGAGCUCUACAAACUCUCGGGCAGGAAGAGCGGCGGCGUCUGCCUCAACUGCAGGCACAACACUGCUGGCAGGCACUGCCACUACUGCAAGGAGGGCUUCUACAGGGACCUCAGCAAAGCCAUCACGGACCGUAAGGCCUGCAAAGCUUGUGACUGUCACCCUGUUGGUGCAGCUGGUAAGACCUGCAACCAGACCACGGGGCAGUGUCCCUGCAAGGAUGGUGUCACCGGGCUCACCUGCAACCGCUGUGCCAAGGGCUACCAGCAGAGCCGCUCACCAGUGGCCCCCUGCAUCAAGAUCCCUGCCAUCAACCCCACCUCCCUGGUCACCAGCACAGAGGCUCCUGCAGACUGUGACUCCUACUGCAAGCCAGCCAAGGGCAACUACAAGAUUAACAUGAAGAAGUACUGCAAGAAGGACUAUGUGGUGCAAGUGAACAUCCUGGAAAUGGAGACAGUGGCCAACUGGGCCAAGUUCACCAUCAACAUCCUCUCUGUCUACAAGUGCCGCGACGAGCGGGUCAAACGUGGUGACAACUUUUUGUGGAUCCACCUGAAAGACCUGUCCUGCAAAUGUCCCAAGAUCCAAAUCAGCAAGAAGUAUUUGGUGAUGGGGAUCAGUGAAAACUCCACCGACCGGCCAGGACUGAUGGCCGACAAGAACAGCCUGGUCAUCCAGUGGCGGGACGCCUGGACGCGUCGCCUUCGGAAACUGCAGCGACGGGAGAAGAAGGGGAAGUGCGUGAAGCCUUAAAGGGUUUCCACCCACCCUGUCCCACCCCACACUCUGCCCCAGCUGUGCCCAGAGACUCUGUACAUAUAUAUAGUGUGAGCGGACUCUUCUGUCUAUAGUGUAUAUUUUGGCGACGGUUCCCCUGUCCGUGGGUGCCCGCGCAUGGGUGCGCGCGUGGCUCCCGUUCUCUAAGCGCGGAUUAAAAAACAAGGCAGGAAUGACAAACCUUUACUGAGGAUCAAAAGCCCAGAGAGAUCCCGUGGGUGCCUGUUGCUUGAAGGAGCUUGAGGGAGAUUGGUGUCCUGCUCCAGCCAUGCUGUUUCUAGGCUUUUCUUUUCCCUAUAACAAAGUCUUCUGCUGCCCGGUGCUGAUGUCUACAUUGACAGCUCUCCCUUCUCCAGCAUCCAGGGCCUGUCUCUCCCUCACUUUCUGAAAUUGUGCUGCUGUCAGACCUCUCUCUGCCCUUCUUACCCUGUAGGAACAGGAGGUCAGAGUUUUCUGUCCUCCAUCCCCAUGUGCAUACAGGCAGGUUGAGUGGAAACCAUCCAAUGCCUCAGAGUGGCCCCAAAGCUCCAGGAGGAAGAAGAUGUGAACCUUUGCCAGGUUUGAUCCUCUGGUGCCCCUGAGUUUUGCAAGGUUAGAUUCUCUGAGAUCCUUUGGGGACCAGCACUGCCAGCUGGGGUAGGACCCAGGCAAUGCUGCAGUGUCAUGGGGAGGAGUCAAGCCCUAGCAGUGGGUUGGUGGCCCCUACCAGGAAGAGCUGUGGUGUCCACCAGAGAGAAAGGGACAGACUUCCCAACACCCUGACCAUUACCUCCCCUGGUGCAUAGUGGGGUGGACCUGGAGAUACCCAUUUUGCCCUCCCAUGUCCAAGGGACAGCUGGCCCUGCCAGCAGGACCCGGGCUGGAGUGGUCAGGCUGACCCCAGCUCCUGUGCAUCACCACCCAUCCACCCAGGUCCAUGUCCCCAUAUUCUCAGCUGGUACCAACUGACACAAUUCCACCCGUUUCUGUUGAGCUGACACCAAGUCACCAUCUGCCUUGG